AUGGGCUGCUCAACUUCUACGCCAGCCGUCAGCGAAGCAAACAGCAAAAGAACCUUGUCGGCUAACAAAGUCAGUGACAACGCCACGGAUUCGAAAUCGAAAAUGGGUGAUCAAGCAAAUAGUGGUGAAAAGGAUACAUAUCCCGCUUCGGAGGCCUAUAUAAUACCGUUAAGCGAUGAUGCCGAGACGAAAGUUUACACCGCAGGCGCCCCGGAAGCGGAGGACCUACUCGCUGCUACAGUGAAAAAGCAACCACCAAAACGCAUACAAGAAUUGAUGGAACAAGCGGCUGAAAAUGAGACGGCCACGCUAAAUCUCCAAGAUUUGGAGGAGAAACUCGAAAAAGCAGAGGAGCGGCGCAAGGAAUAUUUGCAACAAAAAAUUACUACUAUACAGAAGACAACACAAUUGCUGACACGCAGCGGCAGCAAGGAGCUCUUAGAUAAACUGGAGGCAACACAAAUAUUUGAUGGCAAGGCAGCAGAGAAAGACAAUCUAGACGACAAAGAGGCGGAGAAGAAGUAA